AUGGCUGAUGAAGCAGCAGUGAACCCUAAGGCUUACCCAUUGGCAGAUGCUGCCCUUACUGCCAAAAUUCUCAACCUUGUCCAACAAGCAGCCAACUAUAAGCAGCUCCGUAAAGGUGCUAAUGAAGCUACUAAAACAUUGAACCGAGGGCUUUCAGAAUUCAUUAUAAUGGCUGCUGAUGCUGAACCAUUAGAAAUUGUGUUGCACAUUCCUAUCCUCUGUGAGGACAAAAAUGUACCUUAUGUAUUUGUAAGAUCUAAGCAGGCCUUAGGCAGGGCUUGUGGUGUCUCACGGCCCAUAAUUUCGUGUUCUAUCACAAUAAAUGAAGGCUCCCAGCUGAAACCUCAAAUUCAGAGCAUUCAACAAGAAAUUGAAAGACUCUUAGUGUAA